AUGCGCCUCCUGACGGAGAAGUUCAUCUGGCACGGAAUUCAGAAGGACUCCCUCGAGUGGGCCAGGACCUGCGUUCCGUGCCAAUCAAGUAAAGUAAGCUUGCACACAGAAUUGGGCGUAGGGGAGUUCCCGCAGCCGAAGCGAAGAUUUGACCACAUUCACGUAACCGUCGUGGGUCCCCUGCCCCCGUCUGAAGGCACCAGAUACCUCCUGACGAUAAUCGACUGCUCCAACAGAUGGCCUGAGGCGACGCCGAUCUCGGAGGCAACCACCAAAGCAUGCGCCAAAGCCCUUCUUGCCAGCUGGAUCAGUCGAUUCGGAGUGCCGGAUGAUAUCACGACGGACCGCGGACCUGUUUUUCUGUCGGAGUUGUGGACCACCUUGGCCCGCCUGAUUAGGACAUCACACACACCACCACCGCCUACAACCCGGCGGCUAACGGCACGAUGGAAAGGUUUCCACCGAUCUCUCAAGGCUUCCCUAAUGGCACGCUGCACCAGCGAGGACUGGAAGAGCCAACUAUUGUGGGUCCUCCUCGUCCUCCUGACCACCCCUCAGGCGAACGGCGAAGCCUCACCUGCGGAGAAGAUAUACGAGGAACCAUUGCCAGUCUCCAUCACCAGACUCUGGGAAUCCGCCGGAAAAUUCAUGCCCUGCAUCAAGACCUUCUCCGACAGAACCAAACACUUCCUCCCAAAGGCCCUAUCCUCCUGCAAACACGUCUUCAUCAGGACGACACAUGCCGCUGACGAGACCCCACUGAGGCCCCUUCCACGUCCUCCAAUGCACCUACAAGGCGUACUUCAUAUCCAUAAAUGGUCGUGA